CAACGAAUCAUUCACUAUGCUGGUUCGCCUGGCAUAUGCGACGACGAUCCUCCUGAUCCUGCUCAGUGGAUCAACCAGAGCCAUUCGAGUGGCGCCGCUGAGCGCCAAGCAGCAGGAAAGGUUAUCCAAGGGGGCCAGAGCGUUCGAAGGUCGCGUCGUAGAUGGCACAGAUGCGGAGCUGGGUCUGGCGAAGUACCAGAUCUCACUGCAGGGAAGCUAUUACUACGAUCACAUGUGCGGUGGAGCGAUCCUCAACGAGCGGUGGAUCGUGACGGCGGCCCAUUGUGUUUACGGAUAUAAUCCCAGCUACCUGCGGGUGGCCACCGGCACUAUUCGUUGGGCCGAACCCGAUGCGAGGUACUUUGUGGAGGAGUACUGGGUGCACUGCAACUACAACGUGCCUAACUACGCCAACGACAUUGCCCUGAUCAAGCUGAACGACUCGAUUGUGUUUAACGAGGUCACACAGCCCAUAGCCUUGCCCAAGGAGCCGCUGGCCAAUGGCACAGAGCUCCUGCUCACUGGAUGGGGCUCUACCGAACUGUGGGGUGACUCCCCUGAUGUGCUGCAGAAGGCCUCCCUCACGUACGUCGAUUAUCCCACCUGCCAGAAGCUAAUGGACAACGAUCCCCUGAACGGUCAUUGCCACGUGUGUACGCUGACGUCGGGCGGACAGGGCGCCUGCCACGGCGACUCCGGAGGUCCGCUGACAGCCAACGGACAGCUGUACGGCGUGGUCAACUGGGGCUAUCCCUGUGCCACUGGUGUCCCCGAUAGCCAUGCCUCCAUCUACUUCUACUCGGACUGGAUUCGAUCCACGAUAAACGGACCCUGCAAGACUUGCCACUGCUACGCCAGCAACUAUCCCAGUCUUGCAUUUGGAGUUUCCGCUGAUCCUGCGGCGUAUCCAGUCGAGGUAGUACCACACAUUCGCCUGGACAUCGGGUCCGCCCGAGUCGCCGUGACAGGCGCCUUCGCCCUCACGGGAGUAGGUGCAGAUGUGCCCCACACCCAUGCUGCUGGUCUGAUUGAAGAUCUCCUUGCACUCGUCGAGUGGUACAAAGCCCAGACUCAGCUUCUGCAGGUUCUCCGCGGAGCUGCCAUAGGCCUCCUCCGCACCCCAUCCGGUGAGGACUAUCUCAUCCCCCUCCCGGACAGGCCGCGUUGGCAGCUUAAUGGGUUGGGUCAGCUCGUUGAAGGUGAUGUUCUGGGUGAGCUUCACCAGGGCAAUGUCGUUGUGCAAAUAGGGCUGAUCGUACAUGCAGUGCAUGUGGAUCUCGGCGGUGUAGUACACUGCCCCGGGCUCUGCCCAGCGAUUCGUCCCGGUUAUCACGUUCACCAGCGCCGGAACGAAUGUCUCCACGCAGUGUCCGGCGGUGAUGAUCCACUGCUCGUUGAGAAUAGCCCCACCACAGUUGUGGGCGCCCACAACGGGCUGCAGGGACACCUGAUAGAGGAUCUGCAGAUCAAUGGGACUGUUGCCCCACAAUAUGGUGGAGCCCCAGCCAGUGAGAACCACUUCGGCUCCCGGCUGCAUGGGGGCCACAGGCAGAGGAAUCGGCUGUGUCCGUUCGUUCCACACAAUGGAGUCGUUCAGCUGCAGCAAAGCGAUGUCGUUGUGCAUCGACGGGUUGUCGUAGUUGCAGUGGAUGUGUACGGCCCGGACAAAGUGACGAUUUUCCCUGAUAUUGUACUGAUUGGUACCGGAGACGACCACCAUCAGCUGUACAUUUGCGCCCUGGACACAGUGAGCGGCGGUCAGGACCCACUGUUCGGCAAUGAUCGCACCACCGCAGGAAUAUUUUCCGGCUAUCCAACCCCAGUCUUUGCUUGGAUAUCGGCCAUGAUAUUACCACGGUGCCUCGUACUCUACCUAUUUGUGGGAUUUCUUAAUGGCACCUUGGGGGCCAGGAAAGAGCAGUUCAUAGUGGGUGGCCAGAAUGCCGCCGAGGGUGAUGCUCCGUAUCAAAUCUCCCUGCAGACCGUGCCGGGCGACAGUCAUCUAUGUGGUGGUGCCAUCGUCUCGGAGCGCUGGAUACUCACCGCCGGACAAUGCGUGAAGGGUUAUCCGGCGGACAGGCUCCAAGUGGCCACUGGAAGCAUUCGCUAUACGCUGCCAGGAGCUAUAUACUAUCCGGAGUCCAUUUACCUGCACUGCAACUACGACAGUCCCAAGUACCACAACGACAUUGCUCUGCUGCGGCUGAACGAGAGCAUUGUCUACGAUGCUCUGACCCAGCCUGUGGCUCUGCCCACUGCAGCCUUUCCCCAGGGCACAGCGGAGCUCCUCUUCACCGGCUGGGGGUCUCAGUCGGUGGCUGGUACUCUUCCCGUUCAGCUGCAGCGUGUCCAGCAGCAGCACAUCACCAGCCAGGUCUGCUCGACCCUGCUCGCCGCCUACGAGGAUGUGGAGCUGGGCGCCUGCCAUGUGUGUGGUUUUCGUCAGGCGAACAUUGGCGCCUGUCAUGGCGACUCGGGCGGACCUCUAGUCUACGAGGGAACCUUGGUGGGGAUUCUCAACUUCUUUGUGCCGUGCGCCCAAGGGGUGCCCGAUCUUUUCAUGAAUAUCAUGUACUACAGAGACUGGAUCCGGCAGACCAUGAGUGGCAAUGGAAAGUGUUCCCAGGUCCAUAAGCAGCAAAUUGGCUAA